CUCCCAGGAAGCGGUGAUAGACAGUUCUGUGUGGUUCUCCACCCCCACCCCCCAGCUGAGUGGAGGAGUUGAUAUGUCUCAUUAUAACAGCCAAUGCAGCCGCCAUCCACGCACAAGCAAAGAAGCAUGUCCCAUUUAAAUACACCCACGCAGCCCCAGCGCCCUUAGCCGAUCCGGGCGCGCAGCCCACACGCACCCGCGGCUCCCGGCUUGGAGAUCCGCGCAGGUUGGGCUCCCCGGAUCCCGCGGAUCGGACGCUCACGGAAGAUCGGGAUCGCACGGUGGUUGGGGCCCGGGUGGGCGGGGGAGGCUGGGCCCCGGGCCUCUCUGGUGGACAGCCGCAUGAGGACGCGAGCGAAAUAGACCAAGGUGGACUUGCCCCUGGAGACGCUUCGGGGUGCUUUUGGUCCAUUUCUUCCGCCAAGAAGUCGACAUGGCGAGCGACUCCCCGGCUCGCAGCCUGGAUGAAAUCGAUCUCUCGGCCCUGAGGGACCCUGCAGGGAUCUUUGAAUUAGUGGAACUUGUUGGAAAUGGAACAUACGGGCAAGUUUAUAAGGGUCGGCAUGUCAAAACGGGCCAGCUUGCAGCCAUUAAGGUCAUGGAUGUCACAGGGGAUGAAGAGGAAGAAAUUAAACAAGAAAUUAACAUGCUGAAGAAGUAUUCUCAUCACAGAAACAUUGCUACAUACUAUGGUGCUUUUAUCAAAAAGAACCCUCCAGGCAUGGAUGACCAACUGUGGUUGGUGAUGGAGUUCUGUGGCGCUGGCUCUGUCACUGACCUGAUCAAGAACACCAAAGGCAACACGUUAAAAGAAGAGUGGAUUGCAUAUAUCUGCAGGGAGAUUUUACGGGGACUGAGUCACCUGCACCAGCACAAAGUGAUUCAUCGUGAUAUUAAAGGGCAGAAUGUCUUGCUGACUGAGAAUGCGGAAGUUAAACUAGUGGACUUUGGAGUCAGUGCCCAGCUCGAUCGAACAGUGGGCAGGAGGAACACUUUCAUUGGGACCCCGUACUGGAUGGCACCGGAAGUCAUUGCCUGUGACGAGAACCCAGAUGCCACAUAUGAUUUUAAGAGUGACUUGUGGUCUUUGGGAAUCACUGCCAUUGAGAUGGCAGAAGGCGCUCCCCCUCUUUGUGACAUGCAUCCUAUGAGAGCCCUCUUCCUCAUCCCCCGGAACCCCGCACCUCGCCUCAAGUCUAAGAAGUGGUCAAAAAAGUUCCAGUCAUUUAUUGAGAGCUGCUUGGUGAAGAAUCACAGCCAGCGACCAGCCACAGAACAAUUGAUGAAGCACCCGUUCAUUCGAGACCAACCUAAUGAGAGACAGGUCCGCAUUCAGCUGAAGGACCAUAUCGAUAGAACAAAGAAGAAGCGAGGAGAAAAAGAUGAGACUGAAUAUGAGUACAGCGGAAGUGAGGAGGAAGAGGAGGAGAAUGACUCUGGGGAGCCCAGUUCCAUUCUGAACCUGCCCGGAGAGUCGACACUUCGUCGGGACUUCCUGAGACUGCAGCUGGCCAACAAGGAGCGAUCCGAGGCCCUGCGGCGACAGCAGCUGGAGCAGCAGCAACGAGAGAACGAGGAGCACAAGCGGCAGCUGCUGGCUGAGCGCCAGAAGCGCAUCGAGGAGCAGAAGGAGCAGAGGCGGCGGCUGGAGGAGCAACAAAGGCGUGAGAAGGAGCUGAGGAAGCAGCAGGAGAGGGAGCAGCGCCGGCACUAUGAGGAGCAGAUGCGCCGAGAGGAAGAGAGGAGGCGCGCGGAACACGAGCAGGAAUACAUCAGGCGACAGUUAGAGGAGGAGCAGAGACAGUUAGAGAUCUUACAGCAACAGCUACUGCAUGAACAAGCUCUACUUCUGGAAUAUAAGCGCAAACAACUGGAAGAACAGAGACAAGCAGAAAGACUGCAGAGACAACUAAAGCAAGAGAGAGACUAUCUGGUUUCCCUCCAGCACCAGCGGCAGGAGCAGAGGCCCAUGGAGAAGAAGCCGCUCUAUCAUUACAAAGAGGGGAUGAGUCCCAGUGAGAAGCCUGCAUGGGCCAAAGAGGUAGAAGAACGUUCAAGACUCAACCGGCAGAGUUCACCUGCCAUGCCUCACAAGGUUGCCAACAGGAUAUCCGACCCCAACCUGCCCCCUAGGUCGGAGUCCUUCAGCAUUAGUGGGGUUCAGCCUGCUCGGACACCCCCAAUGCUCAGACCUGUUGACCCCCAGAUCCCACAGCUGGUAGCUGUAAAAUCCCAGGGACCUGCCUUGACCGCCUCCCAGUCCGUGCACGAGCAACCCACAAAGGGCCUGUCUGGGUUCCAGGAAGCUCUGAAUGUGACCUCUCACCGCGUGGAGAUGCCUCGCCAGAACUCGGAUCCCACCUCGGAAAACCCUCCUCUCCCGACUCGCAUCGAGAAGUUUGACCGAAGCUCUUGGUUACGACAGGAAGAAGACAUUCCACCAAAGGUGCCUCAAAGAACAACUUCUAUAUCCCCAGCAUUAGCCAGAAAGAACUCUCCUGGGAAUGGCAGUGCUCUGGGACCCAGACUCGGAUCGCAACCCAUCAGGGCAAGCAACCCUGAUCUCCGAAGAACAGAGCCCGUCUUGGAGAGCCCCUUGCAGAGGACCAGCAGCGGCAGUUCCUCCAGCUCCAGCACACCCAGCUCUCAGCCGAGCUCGCAAGGAGGCUCCCAGCCUGGCUCACAAGCCGGAUCUAGUGAACGAACCAGAGUUCGAGCCAACAGUAAAUCAGAAGGAUCACCUGUGCUCCCUCACGAGCCUUCCAAGGUAAAACCAGAAGAGUCCAGGGACAUCACCCGGCCUAGUCGACCAGCUGAUCUGACUGCAUUAGCCAAAGAAUUAAGAGAACUCCGCAUUGAAGAAACCAACCGUCCACUGAAGAAAGUGACCGAUUACUCUUCCUCCAGCGAGGAGUCAGAGAGCAGUGAGGAAGAGGAGGAAGAUGGAGAGAGCGAGACCCACGAUGGGACAGUGGCUGUCAGCGACAUACCCAGGCUGAUACCAACAGGAGCCCCAGGGACCAAUGAACAGUACAACAUGGGACUGGUCGGAACUCAUGGGCUGGAGACUGCUCACACAGACACUUUUGGCAGCAGUAUCUCAAGAGAAGGAACCUUGAUGAUUAGAGAGACAGCUGAAGAGAAGAAGCGAUCUGGCCACAGUGACAGCAAUGGCUUUGCAGGUCACAUCAAUCUCCCAGACCUUGUGCAGCAGAGCCAUUCCCCAGCUGGAACUCCCACAGAGGGCUUGGGCCGUGUGUCCACCCACUCCCAGGAGAUGGACUCCGGGACUGAGUAUGGCCUUGGGGGCAGCACCAAAGCCUCCUUUACCCCCUUUGUGGACCCCAGAGUAUAUCAGACUUCACCCACUGAUGAAGAUGAAGAGGAUGAAGAGUCAACCGCUGCCGCCCUGUUUACUAGCGAACUUCUUAGACAAGAGCAGGCCAAACUCAACGAAGCAAGGAAGAUUUCAGUGGUAAAUGUAAACCCAACAAACAUUCGCCCUCAUAGUGACACGCCGGAAAUCAGAAAAUACAAGAAACGAUUCAAUUCGGAAAUACUUUGUGCAGCUCUGUGGGGUGUAAACCUUCUGGUGGGAACUGAAAAUGGCUUGAUGCUUUUGGACAGAAGUGGGCAAGGCAAAGUCUACAAUCUGAUCAACCGGAGGCGAUUUCAGCAGAUGGAUGUGCUAGAAGGGCUAAAUGUUCUUGUGACAAUAUCAGGAAAGAAGAACAAGCUACGAGUUUAUUAUCUUUCAUGGUUAAGAAACAGAAUACUACACAAUGACCCGGAAGUGGAAAAGAAACAAGGCUGGAUCACGGUUGGGGAUCUGGAAGGCUGUAUACAUUACAAAGUUGUUAAAUAUGAAAGGAUCAAAUUCUUGGUGAUUGCCUUAAAGAAUGCAGUGGAGAUAUACGCUUGGGCCCCUAAACCUUAUCACAAGUUCAUGGCAUUUAAGUCUUUUGCAGAUCUCCAGCAUAAGCCUCUGCUUGUUGAUCUCACAGUAGAAGAAGGUCAAAGAUUAAAGGUUAUUUUUGGCUCACACACUGGUUUCCAUGUAAUUGACGUGGAUUCAGGAAACUCUUAUGAUAUCUACAUACCAUCUCAUAUUCAGGGCAACAUCACUCCCCAUGCUAUCGUCAUCUUGCCUAAAACAGAUGGAAUGGAGAUGCUUGUUUGCUAUGAGGAUGAGGGUGUGUACGUGAACACCUACGGCCGGAUCACUAAGGAUGUGGUGCUCCAAUGGGGAGAAAUGCCCACGUCUGUGGCCUACAUUCAUUCCAAUCAGAUAAUGGGCUGGGGCGAGAAAGCUAUUGAGAUCCGGUCAGUGGAAACAGGACAUUUGGAUGGAGUAUUUAUGCAUAAGCGAGCUCAAAGGUUAAAGUUUCUAUGUGAAAGAAAUGAUAAGGUAAAUCCGUUUCAACUUUGCAUUAGUGUUUGCAUUUUAAGAGACCACCAGGUACCUGUGAAACCUUCAUUUUCCUUUAUACUGAUUCGAGUCACAUCUGUGUUAAAUGAUCAGCAAUUAUCUUGAAAUGGCAUUAUUUGGUUUGAUUCAUGUGAACAUUCAGAAUCUGUGAUUCAUGCAUCCAAACCAACAUAAACAUCCCGAAUUUUCUUGUAAACUCUUAGUUUAAACUCUGGGCCUUCUGAUGACUUAGCAGACACUCCAGACUCUCCUGAGCACUUAGAGCAGUUGGCCCAUCAUCAGUCAUCUUACAGUGGGCCAGCUUUAUACCUUCACGCUUGGGUCUUUCACCAAAUCACUAUUCGGACCCAACCUUCAUAUUGUAUUCACCCUUCAGUGUGAAACAUCUGACAUGUAGAAAUAUGAACUUCUUUAAAAUGUCACCCAUUCCUUAAGAAACGUAUAGUCACAAAUUCCACUCGUGCCAUGUCUUGUCUCAUUCCAGCAUGUUUCUCCUGAAAUGUCAUGGGGGGACUAUUCUUCAGCGAAAGUGGCUGAGUCCAUCCAGCAAGAUCAGUCACCUCAGAGGGGUAUUCUGAAGUGGUCACGCUCGGCCUCAUUAUCCCUAUAGAGUAGCCAUAGUAGUUAAGGUGAACUGCAUUUGUGAAUCCAUCCUUUGAGAUGGCCAUCAUAGCAACAGACACGAACGCCUAGAGAAAGAAUGUGCUGGGUUGAACUGUUUACACGUCAUUGCUCCAGUUCCAGUUCCCCAGAGGCCAAGGCUAGUCUUCGUCCGUCCCUGGUAGUGUGGAUGUAGACUAUCUCUGACCCUGGCUAACUACUCUGACCUGGUAUUGUCUGGUGGACAGCAAGUGUGGGAGGCAAGAAUGGUACCAAGGACUUAUCAGAGUGUGUCAGAAACCAGAUCUAACUAGAAAGACUCCAGCACUUACACAGUUUCUAGAUCCUAAGACUUGUAAUGUUCUGGGUAUGGAGAAUCACACUCUGGUUCACGAUGACCCACCUGAGCAGGCCUGGUCCAACCCAUACUCUGAAGAGAAGGCUGAGACCACACACCAGUGCCUAGGGCCUCAGGUUGAGCCUCUAGGACCCCCACCUAGGGAGAACAGCAACCCUUUCUCUCACUGUACUUUUCCCUAUAUCCUCUCUGACCUCCCCAUUUUGAUUCAUUAACCUUCAGGGUAUCUUUACUUUCACGAGUAGAUCAGCUGAAUGACAAGCAGUUCCACAAGCUUCUUAAGAUGCUAUCAGCAGAGAGCAUUCUCCCAAAGAAGCCAUGGAAAUGAAGUAUCAGAGACUUUACACUAGUGAUCAACGCAAAUUGCUCAGACCACAACUAGACACUGGCUGCCUGCAGGGCUAUACUACAGCCCAAACAUUAUCUUCCCGGGACAGUGGUUCAUUGGUAAUUCAGCUCAAGCAAGCAGUAACCCAAAUUCCACUUGCUUCACUCAGUCAUUUGAUAAAAAUGAUUGAACAGGUUCAGACCUAAUGGACUGUGGCUCUGCUCACUGAUGCCAUUCUCUCCAUUGUUCUAGAAUCUGCCCACAUCAGCAGAGAAGCCAAGUGUUAACUCCUGCAGUGCCAGACUGAACAGCUAUUCAACACCUUAGCCUGUCCGACCACAGUCGUUUUAAUAUCUUAUUUUCAAGUUUGAAAUUUGAAAACUCAGGUUGUGUGACAGUCAGUAGGCCCAAAAAUUCUGCCCGUGACUUUGGGAGUUUAAAGGGAUUCUCUUCCGUCCUGACAUCUGCCUCUGUGUCAUUUAUAAGAGAAAAGGAGAAUGUGUAGCUUUCUAGAAAUCAUUGUCCCGGGCCAUAUGUCCAGCACAUCACCCUAGUGUAAAGUUCCUUCUUAAAAUGUGAACACCCACAAGGAUGUUAUAAACCAAAAUGAAGCCUGAUACAGCUCCUAGAGUCUGGUGCUGUGAUAAAUAAUAGCAAACAGCCAUAAGUGAGGGCAAAAAACGUUUACAUAAGAUGCACUAUCUCAAAAGUCACUUUGUACACACCGGCCACUGACACUCAGAGGCUGCCACAGGGCCAGGGAUAGGGACAUGAGAGAGAAAUGGCUGGACAGGUGGAAAAAGAAGGGGAAAAACCCAUGCAGUUGAACUAACUUGUUUUUAAUUUCAAACAGGUAUUUUUUGCAUCCGUGCGAUCUGGAGGAAGUAGCCAAGUGUUUUUCAUGACCCUCAACCGAAAUUCCAUGAUGAACUGGUAACAGGAGAGCACUUGGCACUUAUCUUCAUGGCGUUAUUUCUAAUGUAAAAGAACAUAACUCAUGUGGACUUAUGCCAGUCUAGAGGCAGAAUCAGAAGGCCUGUUGAACGUUCCACUUUCCCUGUUUCCUCUCCCUCCACCCCUCCCAAUACAGUCCCUCUCUCUGUGUUGUAGCUGGUUGAGAAGGAGAGAAAGAGGGGGCAGGAAUGUCUGGGAGAUCCCCAAGGAUGCUGCGUUGUCUGUGGACAGAGAUGGACCUUGUGCCCUUCGGAGUUAGGGAUAGAAAACAAUAUUGUGUGCUCUUAUAAUUAAGCUGUGUUUAACCUGGCUUUUCGGUUCUUUUGUCCUGGGUGUUUGUUUUGUUUUUAAUUUUUUACUUUCUUUCUUUACCCCUUACUUUGGAAGAAUGGUGAGAAAAUGCGGACUAGGGAAAUGGGUCCGUUUUUAAUUGUCUACCCACUAGCUUUCAGUAUAUGGUAUGUUGUAAACUUUUAAUUCCAGAAGUGAGAGACAGCACAAUAAACAUCCCUUACCUCCCUGCACUGAAGCCCGUAAGAGAGAUAAGGAAGAGCUCUCUUGCCUUCACCAACUCAAAAGGUUGCCUUUUGAUCGCAACUGGCUAAUGAAUUUUUAAAAGAGAAGAAAAAUACUAGUUUUCUCCUCUUUGGAGAAAUAGAUUUUAAAUGGCUAACUACUAGCCUUAAUCUAAUAAAAUCAACUACCACUUUUGUGAGCCGGGCAGGCCAUAUUUUGAUAUGGCUCUGUCUAGAAUGGAGGGUGUUGAAUGGGACAGAGAUGUCAUUGAGUUGAGUGGGCCUUGCGAUUGUGGAGGGAUUCUGGGGUGCAACUUUCCCUCGGCUAUUAUGCAACAGAUCAGGGCAAAAGAUGGGGUGGCAGAUGGGUCCCCCAGAAGGAGCUUCUGAGAGAUGAGCUGAUAUGUCCAUGUAAAUACACAUUCAUUCUUUCUUAAAGGUACAAAGCCUCCCUGCUAAGAGGUCACUUGAUUUGGACUGUCAUAGGACUGAGAUUGUUGCAUUCUUUCUGGGAACUGGAGAUCCAACAACCAAGCUCUGGAUAGACCCAGCUCUCUCCUAAGGGUUCCCCUUUCUCAAGAUGAAAACUGUGACUGAGAAGAAUUCUUGAUAAAUGUUUCUGAGUUGCCUGUGUUCUCCCUGGGUCAAGGGACUGGACUCUUCAACCUGCCUCAGACUCAGCAGGCAUCAAUGGCUCAGAUUUUAGAGAACCUGAAAGCACGGCUUUGGCCAAAAUUCUGAGAUCCUAAUCAUUUUACUUUCCUCCAAAUUUCCCAACAUACAGUAAACAACAUCUGUGAAGAGAUAUGUAUGUAUUUAGUUCAGGUUGACUUGUGUCCUUAUAAACUCUUACUCGGAUGAUUUGAACCUUUAUGUGACUGGGAUUUUUUUUUCCAAAGCUACAAGCAUGACGUCCAUGGUAUCGAGGUGUCGCAAAACGAUAUCUGUGUUGUGCUUCCUGUUUUAACCUACCUCGUUUUGUUUUUGUUUCACUGUCCAUCACAGCAGGGUUUUCUCAAGGAGACAUAUAGAGAGCUCAAUUGGCAAUCUCAAGUGUAUUCCAGGUUUUCAAAACAAACAGUAGUUGACCAAAUUGUUCUUUAAAAAUUGGAUGGGAAAAAUAAUCCAAGGACAAAACUUAAUAUGUUUUAUUUUUAAAGAACACAAUUACUGUAAAUGGAUCAAAAAACAAAAACAAAAACAAAAAAGAGAUCCUACUGAUUUUAUCUAAAUAAAUGAGCAGCUGAGGUACUAUUAAUGAGAACGAAACACACAUUAGGAAAAUGGUACCAUUUUAAUCUUGUGGUUUGGCCAAGGGGCAAGGGAAGGGGAAAUAUUCUGGGUUCUAGACUAGGUGGUUAUGCCCACCCACUCCCCCAAAGGUGAUUGUCGUUUGCAUUUAUUUGAAGCAGGUAACACGCAGGAAAAUAACCAGGGAUUAUCUUCAGGCAAUCACCAGGAUGCCCCCCCCCCCCACUGUGGUCCCUCUAGCUCUCCAAAGCAAUGCAAACCUUCCGUUCCGUUCUCAUUUUUACUGCUGUUGUUACGCUGCCAAACAACGUUGUCUUCACCAAUUCCUUGUGACAAAUUCAGCAAUAACUGGAUUGAAUUUAGCAACUACUGUACUUGGAUGCUGAUGUGGACAAAAACUGUGUUGACUUGGGUCUUGUCCGGAAUGUGAUUGCCACCAGCUCUUUAUAUUGCUGCUGUGGUAUUUUAAACCAGACGCUUCUUUAAAUUAUGUUGCAAACUGAUCUUUGUUUUUUGUGUUUUGUUUCGUUUUUAUCUCUAAG